CUGGCUGAAGAAGAGAUGGUCAGACCUCCCACUGUUAUUAUCCAUGGGCUACACAUCCCAGCAGCUGCCUUCUUGGAGGGUGACCUUCUCUCUCUCAUUCUGCACCAAUCUGCAAGAACAAGGGGGCCUUUAAUGAGUUACUUUCUGAUACUCAGCAAGUCUCACGGCAGCAGAAUGCUGUCUCGGUUCCAGAGCUUGCGGGAGGACAGGAGGAUGUGCGACAUCAUUUUGGAAGCUGAAGGCAAGGAGUUCUUAGCUCAUCGCACUUUGUUAGCCUGCUCCAGUGACUACUUCUGGUCCAUGUUUCAGGAUCACACUCUGGAGUCGGGAGCCCACACUGUCAGCCUACCAGCCCUGACCUCUGUUGGCCUGGAACAGGUGUUAGAUUUCAUCUAUACCUCCUGGAUUUCGCUAUCCCCAUCCACCCUGGAGGAUACACUAGAAGCUGCCUGCUAUCUGCAGAUUACAGAUGCUGUGGAUCUCUGCACGGAGUACAUCUCAGACAGCCUAAGCCUGGACAACUGCUGCUUUUUUGCCAACGUGGCAGCUCGUUAUGGCCUCUCUGAAGCAGUUGCUGACACCAACCGCUUCAUUGCAAGAAACAUGAGCAAGUUGCUUGGCCCCAACAGGGAGAGGUCUGGGCUGCUGGAAUUAAAUAUUGAAUCUUUGCAAGAGGUCCUGGCCACGCAAGAGAUGCCAGGGGUGAAGGAGACAGUGUUGCUCCAGUUUGCUCUAGACUGGCUAGGUUGCAACCCUUUACCUGCCCUGGAAAGUAACUCCCUUCUCAGCCGUGUCCGAUUCAGCCUGGUGCCUCCCGAUGAGCUGAUCCGAUUGAGUGCUCAGAAGCCAGCCUUGCGCACUCCCUUUAUUCACAGCCUGGUGCAGAAAGCCCUACAUUACCACACACAAGGUCCCCUUCAGCCACUAGUGCAGAGUGUUCACACAAGUCUAAGAGCCACAACCAACAGAAUACUUCUUGUAGGAGGAGGUCGGGAAGCAGAUCGGCCCCAAACACAGAUUCAGAGCUUUGAUGAACGCAGCAGAAAAUUUCAUAAGCUGUCCAUAACCAUGCCAAAGAAACUUCAGUAUCAAGGCAUUUGUGUGGUGGGAAACUUUCUGUUUGUGUUAGGAGGGGAGGUGGUGGAGGUGGAUGCAGAAAAUGAGAAGACGGCAGUGAUGACGGUCUCUGACCAAGUGUGGCGGUAUGACCCCAGGUUUGAUCGAUGGGAGGAGAUGGAGCCACUGUUGCAGAAAAGGGCACAGUUCUCCUGCUGUGUAGUCAAUGGAGUUAUAUAUGCCAUUGGAGGACGAGGUCAAAGAGGAGAGCCUGCCCUGUCCUCGGUGGAGAGAUAUGACAUGAAGGCAGGAUGCUGGCGUAGUGGUGUCGCCCUGCCCCAUGCUGUACAUGGGCAAGCUUGUGCCACAAUUAACAGAGGUAUAUAUAUCUCAGGUGGGAUCCACAGCAACCAACCUGAGAGCAGCAAGGAACUGUUAUUUCUCAAUACCCAUGACAGUGAUGCCUGGGAAAGACGCUCUGCUAUGUCUAUAGCCAGAUUUGGCCACCAGAUGGCAACAAUAAAGGAGUGUAUCUACGCCUUCCUGGGGAUGUAUGAACCGUUUUGUGACAUUGAGCGUUACGAUCCUGCACAAGACCAAUGGACUCGACUGAAGCCGCUUAUGCACGACCGCUUCUGCUAUGGCUUGACAGUGACAGCAGGGGGACGUGCGCUGAUGUUUGGUGGUAGAAAGUGGCAGGACGGUCAAGAAGUGUGCACUCCUGAUGUCCUAGAGUACGACCCUGAAUAUGACAGCUGGAAGAAAGUGUGCAAGCUUCCAGGCCCUUUAUGUGGGACACAGUGUGCUGUAAUGACUAUUUCUGAACUUAUAGAGAAAUAGGAACUCCAACUCCAUUCCAUAUACACACAGAGAAUGUGAUGGGAAGACUGGAUAUGUUUCAUUCAGUUUACCCUGAAGCUGGGAGGUUGGGUUUGAAUAAUCAGUACCAGCAGCAGGGGGUGAAGAGAGAGCUAGUUGCAUCCAGGUGGACCUUAGCAAAGGCAUGAUUCCAUCAGCUGGAGAAAAAAAAGUGAGAUUUUGCUCUUGUGGAAAUGGAUCUGCUCCAAGGUCUGCAACUAGUGUGAGAGAAUAAGGGAAAUCUUGGCACUGGAGGCAUUGAACAGUGACUAGAAGCUAUGACAAGAACCAUAAGAGUGAUGAAGGGAGACUGGCUUUACAACAGUGCUAAAGAAGAAUUCCUGCAAGUCGUGCCAAAAGUGGCAGGACAUAUUACUGUGCUAGGGAAACAUUUUUGAUUGUAUAUGCAAGUUAAACAGGCACAAAGGGAAGAAAAUGGUAGGUCUUUGGCACUGGCAUUGGUAUCAGAAAAGUGUACACAGUAAGGUCGAGUUAACACUACACGAUUUUAGGUCUAAUGUUGCAAUUUCAGACUGAUUUUGACCAUUUUUGUCUUUAUAAAUUCUUGCACGACAAGUGUGUCUACCUCCUGGUGAAAGACUAUUCAUAAUUACAUUUGAAACUACAUGUUCCAAUCAGUCGUAUAGUGUUUAAACCUCAACCAGUAAGAAAUCAAGUUGUGUAGUGUGUAAAGUACAAUGAUAUAAUGACUCUGAAAGUCGUGUAGUGUGAACCUGGCAUAAGUGGGAGAUAUACUAAGUUUUAUGGCAGUGGGAACUGCCAUACUACAG